CAAACCUGUAGUAGUAUAAAACUAUAAUCAUUCCCCAUCCUUUCCUAUAACACAAAAAUAAGUUUUCAAUCAAAUAUAAUUACAAUUUAGAGCUCAAAUUCCCAAUAAUGGCGUCAAAAGGAAUAGUACUUGGUACAAUUCAAUUGGUACUAGCCAUGGUCUUCAUACGGGCCACGGCUCAGUCAGGGUGCAGCAGUGUGCUGAUAGGCAUGGCCUCGUGCCUCAAUUAUGUGUCGGGUGAGGCCACCUCACCCUCCCCCUCAUGCUGCUCGACUCUUGCUAAUGUGGUUCGGAGUCAGCCCAGGUGCCUAUGCAUCAUAGUCAACGCUGAUGGUGGGGCCACAAUAGGGGUCAGCAUUAACAAGACACUUGCACUUGAGUUGCCCACUGUGUGCUACGUGGAAACCCCACCAGUUAGCCGCUGCAUUAAUGCUGUUAAUGGCCCUGCAAUUUCUCCAGAAACUUCACCUCCAGAAUCUGCUCUUGAAUUUCCUGGUUCUCCAAUUAGCCCAUCAGUUACAGGAUCAAAGACAGGGCCUUCAAAUGGCGCAACCUCAAAUGGAAGUAUGACCAAUGGCCACCUUCUACAGCUUGUUACUGCCAAUAUCUUUGUCCUUAUUGCAGCUCCAUAUGCCUUAACAGCUUUGGACAAAAUCUUCUGAAAUUAAGUGGUAAAUUAAUUAUGUCUGUGUAGGCAGUGUGUUAAUGGGUUAAUACCCCUUUUGGUAAAAACUUAUUAUUAUACGUAUUGUAUCCUGUGAAACUAAAUUACACGCCCGGAUGGAUUUUAUGUAUGUGUUUAUUUAAAGGAAGCGCUGCUCUAAGUUGAAGAAGUUUGUACAAUGUUUUUAACGUU